AGCAGGCUCCGCGCUUCGCCCGCCGUGCUUUUAAGUGGGGCCACCCUGCGCGCCGCCAUGACGGAGGAGCUCUACGAGAAGUUCCUGGCGCCCGACGAGCCGUGCCCGCCGCUCUCGCAGCAGCCGGCGGCGCGCGGCGGCGGCAGCCUCAGCGAGGAGGGCUGCCUGGACGUCAGCGACUUCGGCUGCCAGCUCUCGUCGUGCCACCGCACCGACCCGCUGCGCCGCUUCCACUCCAACAGGUGGAACUUGACUUCUUGUGGAACUAGCGUAGCCAGCUCAGAGUGCAGCGAGGAGCUGUUCUCAUCAGUUUCGGUUGGUGAUCAAGAUGACUGCUUCUCCUUGCUCGAUGACCAGGAAUUCACCUCUUUUGAUCUGUUCCCUGAGGGCAGUGUCUGUAGCGAUGUCUCCUCCUCUAUCAGCACAUACUGGGACUGGUCAGACAGCGAGUUUGAAUGGCAGUUGCCUGGCAGCGACAUUGCAAGUGGGAGUGAUGUACUUUCUGAUGUUAUACCUAGUAUUCCGAGCUCUCCGUGUCUGCUUCCAAAAAAGAAAAACAAGCAUAGGAAUCUCGAUGAACUUCCAUGGAGUGCAAUGACAAAUGAUGAACAGGUUGAAUAUAUUGAGUACUUAAGCCGUAAAGUCAGUACAGAGAUGGGCCUUCGAGAGCAACUUGACAUUAUUAAAAUUAUUGAUCCUACUGCUCAGAUAUCACCUACAGAUAGUGAAUUUAUUAUUGAAUUGAACUGUCUCACCGAUGAAAAGCUGAAACAGGUGAGAAACUAUAUCAAGGAACAUGGACCGCGACAACGAUCUGCCAGGGAAGGCUGGAAGAGGAGUAGCUACAGCUGUGCAAGCACCAGYGGCGUGAGCGGUGCCAGCAGCAGCAGCGCGAGCAUGGUCAGCUCUGCAAGCAGCAGUGGUUCUAGUGUUGGCAACUCUGCUUCAAACUCGAGUGCCAACAUGAGUCGAGCCCACAGUGAUAGUAACUUGUCCACAAGUGCUGCAGAAAGAAUCCGGGAUUCAAAAAAACGUUCUAAGCAGCGGAAACUACAGCAAAAGGCUUUACGCAAGAGACAGCUGAAAGAACAAAGACAGGCUCGUAAGGAAAGACUGAGUGGAUUAUUCCUUAAUGAAGAAGUGCUAUCUUUAAAAGUGACUGAGGAGGACCAUGAAGGAGAUGUGGAUGUUUUAAUGUGACAGGGGUGAAUUUAUCAGUGUUCUUUCUAAGCCUUAAAUGUAUUAUCCUUAUUGUUUACAUKUAUUUYUUGACCAAAUUUUGAUUAGCGUUAACAAUAUAAACCAGAUCCUUUCUCAACUGUAACUUUGGUAAGACGUUUAGGUAUUGAGUAACUUGAACUUUUUGAGGCUAAUUUUGCAACAGAAAUUUCAGAAACUUCAUUGACUUCUUAAAAGCUGCUGAGUAGUUACUGUUUUAAGGAGAAGUUAAUUUGGCUAAUGUGUUGUUUACCUAAACAAAUCAGUCUAAUGAUGCUUUUGGAUGACACUAAGCAUGCUGUAGUCUGCUUCAGUGCUUCAGCUCUUUAUUUUUUAUUUUUUUCGUUAGUUAAUGUUACUCCUGGCUAUUCUCUUUCUUCCUUCUCUGUUAUUGGGAAGGCUGUUUAGCAUGAAAAACAAGUCUUUWAUUAUAUAGAGUUUUCUUUAAUCUUGCUCUUGGAUCAUACAAAAUCAAAAUACU